CUCUCUCCCUCUCCUGGGAUUUUGCUGCCGGGCUCUCUCUCUCUCUCUCUGCGGCCCUAGAGUUAAUCCCAUCAGCCGAGAUGAACCUCUAGUCUUGCUUUGAAAAAGCCAUUUUGUGUAACUCUUGACCGAAUAAUUUCCUAAUACACCUGUUGGGAGGAUCACUGACACAGUAUGCCAUUUGAGAGAUACUUUUUCUUGACCAAAUACUGGUGAUUAGAGAAGAGAGGUAUUUUUUUGUUUGUUUGUUUUUUGUUGUUUUUUUCCUCAUCAUUAUGAACAUUGGCUUUUCACCCUGAAGUAAAAAUGUUGAAAACCGAGUCUUCUGGUGAACGGACCACUCUCAGAAGUGCCUCUCCUCACAGGAAUGCAUAUAGAACUGAGUUUCAGGCACUGAAAAGUACCUUUGACAAACCCAAGUCAGAUGGGGAACAAAAAACAAAAGAAGGUGAGGGCUCCCAGCAGAGCAGGGGGAGGAAAUAUGGCUCCAAUGUCAACAGAAUUAAAAAUCUGUUUAUGCAAAUGGGUAUGGAACCCAAUGAGAAUGCUGCAGUCAUUGCCAAAACAAGGGGGAAAGGUAGACCUUCAUCUCCUCAGAGAAGAAUGAAGCCCAAAGAAUUUCUGGAGAAAACAGAUGGCUCAGUUGUGAAGUUGGAGUCCUCUGUUUCAGAAAGAAUAAGCAGAUUUGAUACAAUGUACGAUGGCCCUUCAUAUUCUAAGUUCACAGAAACUCGGAAGUUGUUUGAGAGAAGUGUGCAUGAAUCAGGACAAAACAACCGUUAUUCCCCAAAGAAAGAGAGAGCUGGAGGGAGCGAACCUCAGGAUGAAUGGGGUGGUUCGAAGUCCAACAGAGGCAGUACUGAUUCUUUGGAUAGCCUUAGCUCCCGGACAGAGGCUGUCUCCCCAACUGUGAGUCAACUGAGUGCAGUAUUUGAGAACACUGAUUCCCCCAGUGCCAUCCUUUCUGAAAAGGCUGAAAGCAACGAAUACUCAGUGACUGGGCAUUAUCCCCUGAAUUUACCAUCUGUAACUGUUACAAAUCUUGACACCUUUGGUCACCUUAAGGAUUCUAAUUCUUGGUCUCCUCCAAGCAAACACAGUGAUGAUUCAGAGGAUGCUCAGAAGAGUAUUACAACUCCAGUACCAGAAGUGGCUUCGAAAAGUACCUCUCUAGCUUUGAUGCCUAGUGAAGAGAUACAGCAGAGCAAGGAAGCCGAGGACUCCACAUCUAACCAAGAGAUUCCUGACAGAAUCGACAAAGACAUUCUUGAAGAACCUUGUGCUGAGGAUAAGGCAAUGCCAGAGUCUGACAUCCUUUCACCACGAAAUGAACCUUUAGAAGAUGCCAAAGCUAAUUUGGUUGGGAAUGAGGCAGCAAUGCAACAGAAGAAAGAACUUGCAGGUGGUGAUUUUACCUCUCCUGAUGCUUCUGGAUCCAGUUGUGGGAGGGAAGUACCCGAAGAUUCAAAUAAUUUUGAGAGUUCCCAUGUUUACAUGCACAGUGACUAUAAUGUAUAUCGGGUGAGAUCCAGGUAUAAUUCAGACUGGGGAGAGACAGGCACUGAACAGGAUGAGCAGGAAGAUAGUGAUGAAAACAGUUACUAUCAACCUGACAUGGAAUACUCGGAAAUUGUUGGAUUGCCAGAAGAAGAAGAUAUCCCAGUAAAUAGGAAAAUUAAGUUUAGUAGUGCUCCUAUUAAGGUUUUCAGCACAUAUUCCAAUGAAGACUAUGACAGGCGAAAUGAUGAAGUUGACCCCGUGGCUGCUUCAGCUGAGUAUGAACUUGAAAAGCGUGUAGAAAAGCUGGAACUUUUCCCAGUGGAACUAGAGAAAGAUGAGGAUGGACUUGGUAUAAGUAUUAUUGGAAUGGGUGUUGGAGCAGAUGCUGGACUUGAAAAGCUGGGGAUAUUUGUCAAAACUGUAACAGAUGGCGGUGCUGCCCAGCGGGAUGGCAGGAUACAAGUCAAUGACCAGAUUGUGGAAGUGGAUGGAAUCAGCUUGGUGGGUGUCACACAGAAUUUUGCUGCAACAGUUCUCAGAAACACCAAGGGUAAUGUCAGAUUUGUUAUUGGGCGAGAAAAACCAGGACAAGUGAGUGAGGUUGCCCAGUUGAUAAGCCAGACGCUGGAACAAGAAAGGCGCCAGAGAGAGCUGCUUGAGCAGCAUUAUGCCCAGUAUGAUGCCGACGAUGAUGAGGUAACCAUGGAGGAUUUCAGUAAACCCCUCAGACAGUCAGGACUAUCCCACGAAAUUCUGGGGAACACUGCGGCUGAAUUGCAAGAAGUGUCUGGCAACUGCAAUAACAAUAACAACUAUUUCCUUAAGACAGGAGAAUAUGCCACAGAUGAAGAGGAAGAUGAGGUAGGACCUGUCCUUCCUGGCAGUGACAUGGCCAUCGAAGUCUUUGAGCUGCCUGAGAACGAAGACAUGUUUUCCCCAUCAGACCUAGACACAAGCAAGCUCAGUCACAAGUUCAAAGAGUUGCAAAUCAAACAUGCAGUUACAGAAGCAGAGAUUCAAAAACUGAAGACCAAGCUGCAAGCAGCAGAAAAUGAGAAAGUGAGAUGGGAACUAGAAAAAAACCAACUCCAACAGAAUAUAGAGGAGAAUAAAGAAAGAAUGUUGAAGUUGGAGAGCUACUGGAUCGAGGCACAAACAUUAUGCCACACAGUCAAUGAACACCUCAAAGAGACUCAAAGCCAGUAUCAGGCCUUGGAAAAGAAAUACAACAAGGCAAAGAAAUUGAUCAAGGAUUUUCAACAAAAAGAACUAGAUUUCAUCAAAAGACAAGAAGCAGAAAGAAAGAAAAUAGAAGAUUUGGAAAAAGCUCAUGUCGUGGAAGUCCAAGGCCUGCAAGUACGGAUUAGAGAUUUGGAAGCUGAGGUGUUCAGGCUACUGAAGCAAAACGGGACCCAGGUUAAUAAUAACAACAACAUCUUUGAGAGAAGAACAUCUCUCGGUGAAGUCUCCAAAGCGGAUAGCGUGGAGAACUUGGAUGUCAAGCAGACCUCCUGUCAAGAUGGCCUAAGUCAAGACUUGAAUGAAGCAGUCCCAGAGACAGAGCGCCUGGAUUCAAAAGCACUGAAAACUCGAGCCCAGCUCUCUGUGAAGAACAGACGCCAGAGGCCCUCUAGGACAAGACUCUAUGACAGUGUCAGUUCAACAGAUGGAGAGGACAGUCUAGAGCGGAAGCCUUCAAACAGUUUCUAUAACCACAUGCAUAUUACCAAAUCACUUCUGCCCAAGGGUUUGAGAAUUUCUUCUCCAGAAUCAGAUUCUGGUGCUCCGUCCCUCACUUCAGUGGCUGGCAAUGUGCCCUUCUCGGCUGACCAUAUAGCUGAAUUUCAAGGACCACUGCACCCAGAAAGGGAACCUUCCUCCUCCAUAUGGGGUGACACUUCACUCUCCUCUCCUUCAAAAUCUGAUCACGAUAUGGAAGAAUCUCCUUACCACCAUCAAACCACCACCAAGAAAAUAUCACAAGGAAAAGAUGGUGCCAAAGGCCCCAAAUCAGUAAGGGCAUCCAGUUCAUUGGUGGUGCAAGGAGGAAAAAUUAAGCGAAAGUUUGUGGAUUUGGGGGCUCCAUUACGAAGGAAUUCCAGCAAGGGAAAGAAGUGGAAAGAAAAAGAAAAAGAAGCCAGCAGGUUUUCUCCAGGUAGCAGGAUCUUCAGAGGCAGGCUGGAACACUGGAAACCGAAGCCAUCCUCUGCAGCUCAGGCCUCCCCUCGCUCACCUUGCAUGCCUUUCUCGUGGUUUAAUGAAAGCUGGAAAGGAUCCUAUUCCUUCGGGAACCUGCCUUCACCUACAAGUCCCCUCCAGCCUUCUCCUGAAACUCUAAUUUCAGAUAAAAAAGGGUCCAAGAAUUUUACCUUCAAUGAUGACUUCAGUCCCAGUAGUACCAGUUCGGCAGACCUGAGCGGCCUAGGAGCAGAACCCAAAACACCAGGGCUCUCUCAGUCCUUAGCACUGUCGUCAGAUGAGAUCCUUGAUGACGGACAGUCUCCCAAACACAGUCAGUGUCAGAAUCGGGCCGUUCCUGAAUGGAGUGUGCAGCAGGUCUCUCACUGGCUAAUGAGCCUAAGUCUGGAGCAGUAUGUAUCUGAAUUCAGUGCCCAGAACAUCACUGGAGAGCAGCUCCUGCAGUUGGAUGGAAAUAAACUUAAGGCUCUUGGAAUGACAUCAUCCCAGGACCGAGCAGUGGUCAAAAAAAAACUCAAGGAAAUGAAGGUGUCACUAGAGAAGGCUCGGAAGGCUCAAGAGAAAAUGGAAAAACAAAGAGAAAAGCUGAGGAGGAAGGAACAAGAGCAAAUGCAGAGGAAGUCGAAGAAAACGGAAAAGAUGACAGCUGCAGUGGAGGGUGCUGGUGAGCCGUAGCGGAGGGUGGGGACGUUCAAGAGACAUCUCCAUCUCUUCCUGCCCUGCUCUCCUCCGGAAGAUGAAGAAGAAACUGAUGACAGGGGUAAUGUGCUCUAGGCAGAUUGGGGAACUGUGUGUUGAAUAACUGCAUUUUCUACAAUAAUAGAAUACACUCUUCAUUUUAACCUACUGAAAUAAUCCCAAGCCACCUUUAGUUUAUUAACAAACCAAGGACAUGAUUUGUGAGAGAUGCAAAGCAGCUAUGUUUCUUCUCUCUUCUCUCACUUACCAACAUCUCGUAUUGUGUUCGGUGGGUUGAGCCACUUGGAGAACCAGCAUGACGCUGCCCGACAGGAGCGUGACAUGCCCCAGUGUUGUUAAUGUGGUGCCGUGAAUUUUCAGUGUGGGAUCCUGACACGGGCAGUCGCACAUUAUCACCAUGGCGGAGAGCACCACUCUGCCGUGAGAUCUGGGCUGCAGAAUCUCCUCCAGUGUGUGGGGAAAGUUCCCCCUUGUUUCUGUGUCUGGACAGUGGCACAGCCCCACUGUGGAAAUGUGGGUGCCCUGCCCCAUGAUUACCUGCUAUGGCAAGAAAGCAAGCAAACCGUUCUGCUUGCUGGGCAUCUGAAAGAGAGAAAAGAGUUAUGGUUGUUUGUUAACCCCAGAAGGAAGCAAAAGCCUUAUGAAUGUGGAUGUGAGUAUUACCUUGGGAUUCUGAGAGUAACAUUUAUCUUCCAGAUUUAGCCAAACAAAGAAAAAAAGUCAGACAUUAAUGCAGCCAUGGGGUACUGGGAUCUGUUGUUUACUUUGCUACCGCUGCGUGUUCAGUAUUUCAGCAACACUAAUACACACAACACAAUUCCUUUCCUUUUUUCCCCAACAAAUUGAACAGGAAAUUGAUUUUUAAGGAAGCGAACAUUUUCUGGUUUCUUCUCCUGAGGAACAUUCUGGCUAGUCUUUGGCAUGACCAUGACACAGUCAGGAACUCAUCAUAUAUUUUCUACUCAAGAUUUCCCAAGUGGGCACAGUAAGCAUUUUAACAAAUGUCCUUUUAAGAAAAAUUGAAAUACCAGUUUGAGAAAAUUUAGAUUUAACAUUCGACCAGGGAAGCCAUUUUAUUGAGCACAUAGAAUGUUGCCAUAAAGGAGAGCUGUCCGUUACAUUUUAGAGAUGCUUCGAGUAGUUAUUCUGAGCCAGUCUCUUCCAUUCUUUAGAGAUUGCCUCUUGACACUUAAAGUUUAAGAUGGUGCAUAGGGUGCAGUCUAGCAGUUAUGUGUAUUUUAAAGCCAAUAUUAAGGAUUUCAGUAUUUCAUCAAACUAAUUCAAGUACAGGAGACUGGGGCAGAGGAGGACAAAAUAAACCCGUCUUGAGAAAUUUCAAACCAUGGAUUGGUUUUGGUUGUUGUUUUGCUCUUUAUGCUCAUGCAUCUGGUUCUCCUUGUUGCAUUGGCUCUAAAAAUGAGGUCAUCCACUUUCCAAGGGACGAGUUUCACAAUGAGAGUUGAGGACAGACAGAUUCUUGGACAAAUGUUUUACUUCCGGAAAGACUACAUGGGUCAUCUCCGUCCAUACCUUCCACUGGAAACAUCACAUACGCAGCACUUCGUGGGGCAGCUUUUGGAGGUUACAGGUAGCAGACAGUGGAAAGGGGCUCCCGCCCUUAUAGCUCCAUCUCUAUUUAGAACAUUGUUUUUUUUUGUUUUUUGGUUUUUCGCUUGUCUCGAUAUUCAAAAUCUGGAAUCGUCUCAAGUAGAAAUUUAUCAUCCUGUUCCUUCCCUAAGGCCUGUUUCCUCUUCCGUGACAAGGUAUUAUCUGUUAAGCUUCAGUCCUUUUGUCACUAGGUACAGACCAUUCGUUCAGUCCUCAGAAAAACUAACAUAAAGUAACAUUGUGUUUUACAAUUAUCAGAGUCACCAUGUAUGUUUUCCUGUCUAUUUUCAUUUAAGGUAUGAUGAUGGAACUGCCAUCCUGGAUACUCUCUUAAUAUUUUGAGAUGUGUGGUGCUUUGCUGUUUAUUAAUAUCAUGAGAAACAAGGAACCACUAUUAAUGAACUAUAAAAUCCAGCAAAUCUUUUCUAAUACUCAAAAGCUAAAUUAGUCAAAAUCCAGUAAUACCAGUGCUUGCUAUUGUAAAUUUUUUGCCAUUUUUGGUUAUCUUUGAAAAAAAAAAAUGAUCUGGAUCACACUGGAAAUUUAACUGUAUUCAUUUUAAGAGUGGAAAUAGGAGGAUGGUUAUCUUAAGUUAUGUUUACACUUUGGUAAUAUUUGAAAAUGGAUGUAUAUACUGGAAAUGUCUGUAAGUCUCAGUCUCUGCACAUAAUUUAUGAUCUAUUAUAUUACAUUUUCUUAACUAUCUUAGAAGCAUUAUCCUUUGUUUUAAAUUUAUUCGUACACUUCCAAUAUUUAGGUAAAUGACCAACUGACAAUAUUAUUAAUCAAAUUGUUAUUAUUCCUCAAAUCAUUUAGUUUGUGUUAUAACAAUUUUGAUUUUUUAAGUUAUAGUAAUUUUAGUUCUUAAUGAGUUAUUUUUAACAUUACUACUUAAAACUGCUGAAAUUAUAAGAGGCACUUGAUUUGAUUGUCCAACAAAGGAUAAAAUGUAAACUGAUUAUAAAAGAGUAUGAAAACAAAAUGAAGCACCUCAGAUCUGUGAGCAUUUUGUUUUCCUAUUAUUAUUUUUUUAACUGACAGUAGUGCAUGAUAUCUAAUCGGGGUCCCAGUGUCUUAUAUAAUUCCUACCUAAUGCUAAUGAUUUUCAGUGUCCAUACGAUUUAACACAGAAUUGUUGCUUCAUGAACAUUAAGACUUUGCAGUUUUUUAUUUAUCAGAAAAUGAAUCAAAAGGGGAAUAUGCAGUUAGUGUGAACUAUAUUCCCUAAACAACAGCUCUGUAUGACUCUAACAAUAGCCAAAAGUGUUUUGGGGUAUAGGUAAUGCUUUGGGGGACAGGGGAUGUGUGGCGAGGCCAAGCUGUGGCUAGAGAGCAUUGUAUGAGCUGAGUUUUCCAUGAAAGGACUUAAGUUUUAUAACAGAAUGACAUUAUUUAAGACUAUCUCCCUUAAAGUAACUCAUAGUUUAUGUAAUAGUUUUAUUAUUCUUUUUUUGCUUGAACUUUGCAGAAGUUACUUCCGAGUGAUUUAUGUUAGGGCCGAAUUUUGCCCAUUCUAACACACUAGUUGAGCCUACCUUAAGUUUCAUGACAGUAAAGCUAUUCUGUGCUACCUGGGGUUGACAUGGAUUUAGCUGAGGUUGACAUGAUUUCCCACCUUCAAUAUCACAUAUGCAUUUUUAACCCAUGACAGUUCACUGUUACAGUAUGAUGGGUGCUAAUGCCAGACUCAGCUUUUAAAGGGCAUGAAAUGGGAACACUUAUCUGGUGCUCCUUUGUUGUUGCUGGGAACCAAGUGGCAAGAGGAUGAGUGAGGGACCAAAUUAACCCUUGCCACCGCCUUUUAUCCUGUAGUCAUCUGUAGCCUGAAAUCUGAAGAUAUCUCAGGUGCAGGCUACAAAAGUAGUCACUGCUUGUUUGAUCUAGCACCUUGAUUAGCCUUUAUGGUUUUUGCUGAAGACAAAGAAUUCUUGUCUAGGUUCUUUGUGUAGUUGGAUUAACAUGUGCUUUAAAAUUAUAUUUUAUAGGGUAAAUGAAAACUUGCAUUUAUAUGGAUAUUCAACUCAUUUGUAAGUGUUAAAGGUCAUAUUGACCAAGGCUCAAGAGAGGAAACCCAGUGUUUAACAAAAGCAUUCAAGAUUCUAAAGAGAGGUGUCCCAACAAUUCUAAAAGAAAUGUCUGCACUUUAGGUGUCUUGUAGCCCCCUCAUUACACUGAGAUAUUUAAGAAUUACCAAAUGCCAGUUGAGUAACUAAAUUUAUGGUCCCAAUGGAGCUGCUGGUAGGGGCAUUUCACUUUGGGGGACAGCGGUCACUAGGGUUCAUGUCACCGAUGCUUUCCAAAUGAAAACGUAAAAUGGAAAAGAAAAGCCCAGAUUUUUAAAAAAUACCUUUUCAAAUUUACCUCUAAUCAAUGGAUCUGCCUGUACACUGUUCUGAAGCUAAGCAGAUAAAGAUGAAGUCCAGAAAUGAAAUGUCCAUAUGUUCUGCUAGAAUGGUUUGCAUUACACUGUGGGGUGGGAAGUGACUUUCUAAGGCAAGCAGUGUUAUAAGAAAUACAUACGUGCUGCAGCGGUCCACUCCUGUCAAACAGCCUGGGUCUGCAGGCAGGUUUUAUUUACAUUCGUCUUAGGUAUUUCAAGUCUCAGGAAAUUUAGUCUUGGUCCAAAACACUGGGGGAAAAAAAGAACACCAUGCAAUAUGUAGGUAGUAUUUGAAUCAUUUAAAGUAGCAGCAUGGAAUACACCCAACCGAGAAGUCAGAGGGCAAAGGAGAAGCCCACAGAAUCCAUUUCCCUCUGGAAAAUGAAAGCAUCAAGUUCUACCUGAUGCUAAAAAGAGGGCCUUAAAGUGCUUGUCCGUGGGUGUCUGUGUGGAUGUGUUGAGGGCAUGGUUGUUACUUGAAGGUUCAUAUACAUCACUGUGUGGACCAAGCAUAGCACGAGACCUGCUUCCAGCCCUACCGAGUGGGAAAAGAAAGAAACAUGAUUUCCAGUCCUUGGCUCUACCCCAAUCUCAACCCCCAAACUGCUAGGGAUUCAAAAAUGAGUAAGAGGUAAGGGAUAAGAGAACAAGAGGCAACUACUCAAUAACGUGCAUGCCAACUGUGUAGAUAUACAGAACUACAUAUGUGUGAAUAUAUCUCCCACCUUACAUACACACACAUACCGCAAUGACAUGGCAUAAAAAAAUAGAUAUUGUGUAUGGAACUUGAUAAUGUCAGUUAGGACCCCAAGCAGUAAUCAUAGCCUUAUUUCCACUUUUUGUGUUGUGUAUACAUUGAAUGGCUCAUAAGAUUUUGAGAGAUUUUUUUAAAAUGUAUUUCUUCUACUAAAUGCGCUUAUCCUUCUACAUGUUUAUAUAUUUUGGUAAAAUUGGUUUAUUAGAGACUUGGUGUUUAGUAAGAUAAAAUUUCCUCAAAUGUUUGGUUAAUGCUUUGAUGUCAAGAUUGCACAUUGCUGAGUUCAAACUCAGAAGUUUAUGCAGCUUUGGGCAUUUCAACUGCGAACUGCAGUUUCCUUGGCUAAAAAUUGCACUGUGUGUUCUUGUGCAUUCGCUCAUGCUCUAAUAUGACAUAUUUGGUAGCUGUGAUGCGUAAGCCACUAACUACUGGCUCUCUGAUGGCAGUGUUGCCAUCACAUGACCAUUUAUUUUCUUCUUUUGUGGAGUGAUGGCAUGGUUAGGUCAUUGCCAAAUGUCACACAAGUGGAUGUGAGUGUGAGUAUGUUGUUGGAAGGUGUACAUGUCUAUUUUUUCAGCAUUUUAAUCACACAUCCAGGUUUUCUGUUAAGGAUUUAAUCUUCGAUCCAUGAAAGAACAAUUGGCCAAAAAUAACUAAAUUACCUUAAAAAGUGGAAAUGAAGAGGCUAGAUAACACCUCCAACAACAUCAGAUUUAGUUAGUGCUUAGUGAAGUCCCUUAAAUAUUUAUGUAUAUGUUUUCCUUAAUAUUAUUUAUGGUCAUCACUACUGCUUUUAUAUUUUUUUAAUGGUGUUGCAAUUAAACCACUAGUACACCUGCUACAUAUUACUAACAAAAUAUGGCCAGCUGAAAAAUGAAAAAAGAAAGAGAAUGAAUUCUGUUCCAUUGUAAGAAGUUGAUUUAUUUUAAUCUUUAUUUAUAUAAAGGAAAAAAGUUGUUCGAAAAUAAUUUUAAGUCCAAUAAAUAUGGAUAGCAUGUUAUCUGAAACUUUUAAUUUGUACAUUUUGGUGUCUGAUCAUUUGCAUGUAAGAGACAAUAGUGCCACAUCUGAAUUGUUCUCUUGUGCUUGGUUAAUAUGUAUUUCUCUAGAUUGUUCCAUUUCAAACAUUUCUUACUCUUUGGUUUUCAGAGGCAUUCAAAGCAAAAUAUCCUUUGUUUUCUGACCAAUCUAAAAACACCUGUGAUUAAAUUUAAUUUGUUAGUGUAAAUAAAUUUCUUGCCAAUGAGUAUUAUUGUUGUUAGACAACGAAUGCAAUAAAAAGAAAUACUGAGA